GGAAAAGAGGCAGAGGGAGCCUCCCCGCAGUGUUUGGCCAUCGCAAGAAUGUCGAUGCAGCUGACCUUCAUCAACCAAGUGACGGGCCAGACCGGCGCCCUUGAGCUGCCCGACGACAUGGCCGUGUCAGCUCUGCCUACCCUCCUGGAGGACCAGCUUGCCAUCCCCGCAGCCCAGCAGGCCUUCGUCCACAACGGGAAGCCGCUGGUGCCCACCCAGACGCUCAAGGAGGCAGGAUUGAGCAACGGGGAGCUCGUCAUGGUGGUCGAUAGGCGCAUGCUGAUGGCCCAGAGACCCGCCAACCCCCCAAUGGCGAGGGCAGGCGCGCCAGCUGCAGCUGGUGGUGGUGCUGGUGCAUCCUCCUCGGCCUCAUCAGGUAGGUACGGGCACACAUACGGGAAUGGACGUAUGUGUGUCCACCGUUUCCCCUUGUGGUGGGUUCUGUCUGUCAGGGUCUGCCGGUGCCAACCCGUUGGCGGCGUUCGACUUCAGCCGGAUCAACGUCAACCGACAGCAGCAGCAGCAGCGACAGCAGCAGCCCCAGGCGCCGCAGGAGCUGCCCCCCGAGCACUGGGAGCAGCUGGCGCAGCGGUUCAUCCAGGCCAACCACCCCCGCAACGACCCCCACGCCUACGGGACCCUCGUGUCGAUGCACCCGCCAUUGGCCGACGCCGUCAAGAGGGAUGACCUCAAGGAGGUCUCGCGGUUCAUGCGCGAGAACGCCGAGCGUCAUUUCAAGGCCGAGGAGGAGCGGCUGCGUCAGAUGCGGCUGGCCGCCGAGGACCCGUUCAACCUGGAGCUGCAGCACCGGGUGGAGCAGGAGAUUUUGGAGAAGCGCGUCGACGAGCAGUACGAGAUGGCGCAGGAGCAUAUGCCUGAGGCCUUCGGGCAGGUCUUCAUGCUCUACAUCGACUGCGAGAUCAACGACAUCCCUUUGAAGGCCUUCGUCGACAGCGGGGCGCAGAGCACCAUUAUGUCGGUCAAGUGCAUGGAGCGCUGCCACCUCGGCAAGAACCUCGACAAGAGGUUCGCUGGCAUCGCCAAGGGCGUCGGCACCUCCAAGAUCGUCGGCCGCAUCCACAUAGUCAAGAUGAAGCUCGGCAAUGGAUACUUCCCCUGCUCCAUAACCGUACUAGAGGGUCAGCUCCCUGCCUCCCACACAUGACACACACACACACACACAGACACGCUGGAUGGAUGGAUGGAUGUGUUUCUCUGUUGUCUUCCUGUCUGUGUCUGUGUGUGUAUCUAAGAUGACAAGGUGGAUUUCCUGUUUGGCUUGGACAUGCUGCGUCGGCACCAGGCCAUCAUCGACCUCAAGGCCAACGUCCUGCGGGUCGGCGACGAGACCGUCCCCUUCCUCUCCGAGGCAGAGGUCGGCGGCACCGCAUUCGGCGGAUGGGACAGCCCCACCCAACGAAAAUCGGAGGGAGGCGGGCAGCCCAGCGGCGCAGCCAACACCACCGGUGGUGCGGCCGGUGGCCCGUCCACCAGCAGCACCACAAGUGCAUCGGCUGGGGCCGCCCCUCCAGCCGCCGCCGCCGCCGCUGCUGGAGCUGCUGGAGCUGCAGGUGCUCAAGGGGGCAGUGCAGUAGAGCAGCUGGUGGGUUUGGGUUUCUCGCGCCAGGACGCCGAGAACGCGUUGAGGAGUGCGGGGGGCAGUGUGGAGCUCGCGGCGGCCCUGCUGUUCGAACAGCUGCAGGCUAGCACCAUGCGAUAGACACACAGACAGAUCGAUGCAUGUGGAUGGAGGGAGGGACCAGACAGGCAGACAGACAGACAGGGAGGGAGGGAGGUAUCCAUCCCCUUCCCCUGCCCUCCCCAGGAUCGAGCUUGCACGUGGCUGGUGGCAUGGCAUCAGUAUGUGGCUGUGGUGCCUGAGUGGUUGGCUGUGAAUUGGUCGGCCGGUGACUGACUGUCUGGCUGGCUUGAGUGAGGUUCGUGAGCGUGUGUUGUGUUGUGUUGCGCUGUGUUGCGCUGUGUUUGAGUGACCGGACGACAAGACAGGACAGCCUUAUUUGUCAAGGGCAGACCAGACCUCGCGCAUCUUCAUGGGACCACGAUGUUGUCUGUCUCCACGAAAGGGACGCACUGGCGCCUGACACUUCACGGCGAUGCAACGAGCCGUGUCAGAGUCCUCUUUGUGCGAUGAAUGCAGCAGCUGAU